AUUGAAACCUCCCUUGAGCUGAAACAGCAAGCGCAAAUGGCAAUUGCAACGACAACCCCCUGUGCCACUAUUAUUCUCUCCCUAUUUCCCAUCUGCAUCCUUCGCCCACGCAGUAUUAGCACCUUGUUUGGUCUCCUCCAGGGCUAUUCUAUCCAGAGUUCCUGAUAAGCGUAGUCUGCUUGCUCUUAUCGGAUCUUGUACAUACGUAGACGCGCCGCCGCAAGACCGAACAUCCAAGUAUGGCGUCGUCGUUCUUCUCAAGUGUCCGGGGUUUUGGUCGUCAAUCAAACAAAGGAAAUCAGCAGCAAAACAAGAACGGACAACAAUCACCGUCGCCUACUCCAUACAGUCCAAAUUCGUCAAUGGCCCCUUCGGUCCCCGCAGUACCACAAUCGCCUUCGCUAUCGUCGUCUUUAUCUGCUGAUGCUCAAGGUUCCGAAGCACCUACCCGCAACAAGCCAGCUUUUUUUUUUCGGGACGAGUAUUCGAACUUGAUCGUGAAGGGGAACUUCAUGACACUGGCAGCCAAGCCCAUCCUUGUUGAAGAAGGAGAGUGGCUCGCUCAUCAAGUUGUUGAACAGUAUAGACUUCUCGAGCAGAUGAUUGAUAUCAUCAAACUUGCCGAUGAAAGGACUGGUAUUCCAAUCUGCAACCCUAAUGUCUGUCCGACUAUGUCAGCCUCUGGUCACACCUACACCUGGCUGGACCAGCAAAAGAAGCCCAUUAAAAUCCCUGCAAUUCAGUACAUGAACCUUGUGCAGAAGUGGAUCAUCGGAAAGAUCAGCGACCCAAACAUAUUCCCGACCGAGACCUCGAAUUAUAGUAGUACAUUCGCACCUGGCAAUAUUGCCAACGCAGGUGCAGGUGUACAGCCUCGGGCUAACCCUGCAGAUGUAGGCCGCGACUGGCUUGGUAAAUCCUCUGGCUUUCCAGAGAGUUUUGAGGGCGACAUCAAAUCCAUCUACAGACAGAUGAUGCGCUGCUAUGCUCACUUGUACCACGGCCAUUGGCUGGAUCCAUUCUGGCACAUCGGAGCGUACAAGGAACUCAACACCUGCUUCAUCCACUUUAUCAAUGUCGGAAAGCUCUUUGGCUUGUUGGGCGACAAGGAGAUGGAGCCGAUGCAGCCGCUGAUUGAUCUCUGGCAUAUGAAGGGAUUGCUUCCACAGCCUGCUGCAGCUGCUGCCACUUCGUCGGCACCUGCCUCUGCGACACCAGCUUCAGCACCUGCCGCUAGCCCUGUCGCCCCAGCUCCAGCCUAAGUGUCAAGAACAAGCCAAGAGGUUGGAUACUUAUGGAGGAUCGACAUGCCGGGUAUAUUAUGGUAUUGCCCAAACCUGACUAUAUGGAAU